AUGUCGUUUCAACGCUUCGUCGAGCGUCUGUACGUGCCGACGUCGAAGGAGACCAUCUCGACCGUCUGGAUCAACGAUGACAUUCGCCCCCUGCCUCCGCACCGCCGCACAUGGAAUGUCUACGCCUUCCUGUCCUUCUGGGCCAUCAACCAGAUCGCACUGAGCAAUUGGCAGGUCGGCUCGUCGCUCGUCGCCAUCGGUCUGAGUGUCUGGCAGACCGUCAUCGCCGUGAUCAUCGGCAAGCUCAUCAUUGCCGCUGUCGCCGUGUUCAACGGCUUCGUGGGCGCUGAAUGGCACAUUGGCUUUCCUGUCUUUUCCCGCGUGGUCUGGGGUAUAUACGGCUCGUAUCUGGCCCUGUUGCAGCGUAUUCUGCUGUCUGUCGUGUGGUUUGCCGUGCAGUCGUGGACCGGCGGCCUAUGCGUGACCGCCAUGCUCGGGGCCAUCUUCUCGGGCUUCCAUAACCUGCAGAAUACUUUUCCGGCGUCGUCGAACCUGACCACCAAGCAGUUCAUCGGCUGGGUUAUCUACAAUGUGCUCACCAUUCCAAUCCUUUACUUCCCCCCGGAAAAGACCAAGCGUCUCUUCUACGUCAUGAACAUCGUCUCCUUCCUCACGCUUCUUGCGAUGACAAUCUGGGCCUUGGUCACCGCCCAAGGCGCCGGCCCACUCCUUAAACAGCCGUCGACUGUAACCUCGUCCAGCGAGCUGGGGUGGUCCAUCGUGAGCGGCGUAACAACCGUGAUUGGCAGCAUCGCGGUCGGACUUACCAAUCAGCCCGAUUACUCCCGAUUUGCAACCAAACCGGGCGACCAGGUCUUUGGCCAGUACUUUUCGAUCAUCGUCCUGGGCACCAUCAUGCCCACGCUUGGCUGCCUGGUGUCGUCGGCUACUCUCAAGAUUUACGGAACGCCGCUGUGGAACCCACCGGACAUUGCCCUGAAAUGGCUGGAAACAGACUACAAUGCCAAAUCUCGCGCCGGUGCCUUCUUUGCCGGCCUAGGGCUCGUUGUGUGCCAGCUGGCGAUCAACACCAUUGACAAUGCCUUUUCGUCCGGCAUGGAUCUCAGCGGCCUGUUCCCCAAAUUCAUCAACAUCCGGCGGGGUGCCUACAUUGGCCUCAUCAUCUCCAUUAUCCUUUGCCCCUGGGAGCUCUUAGCCUCGGCAGGAACGUUCAUCAGCGUCCUGUCGGCAUACUCGGUGUUUCUUGGCCCGAUGUGUGGCAUCAUGGUGAGCGAAUACUGGAUCGUGCGCUCUCGCAAAAUCAAGUUAACGGACCUGUAUCACCCGCACCCCGAGGGUAUCUAUUACUUCUGGUACGGAAUGAACUGGCGCGCCUUCUGCGCGUGGGUCGUUGGCUUUGCUCCGCUGCUGCCGGGCUUCGUCAAGGCCGUCAACAAGUCCGUUUCGGUGCCCGAGGGCUGCACUCGGCUGUACAACCUAGCAUACCCGCUAGGAUUUGCGAUUACUUUUGUGAUCUACACUCUACUCAACAAAGUGUUUCCUCCUCCAGGAAUCGGUGAGAUUGAUGAAGUGGACCACUUCAAGACAUUCACCCCUGCAGAGGCCCGCAGGAUGGGAGUGAUGGAGUGUGCGACGCCGACGGAUUUCUGCGAUGUAGAAAAACCGAGCUUGAAGCAAGAUGUUUGA